AUGUCCAAGCUCUUUAUCGGCGGCCUCGCCUGGCACACUGAUGAGGCCACCCUUCGCCAGAAGUUUGAGGAGUUUGGCGCCGUCGAAGAAGCGGUCGUCGUCAAGGAUCGCGAUACCGGCCGCAGCCGUGGCUUUGGCUUUGUGCGAUACACCCAAGAGGAGGACGCCGAGAAUGCCAUCGCGGCCAUGAACAACAUCGAGUUUGACGGCCGAACGAUCCGCGUGGACAAGGCUUCCGACAACGGCCCUCGCGGCGGCGGCGGCGGAUACGGCGGCCGAGGUGGCGGCUUCGGCGGACGAAGCGGUGGCUACGGAGCUCCGAUGCAGUACGGUGGUCCGCCUCAGGGUUCCGGCGGCUAUGGCGGCGGUCCCCAGCAGGGCUACAACCCUGCGCCCUACGCCCGUGGCGGCUACGCUCCCCAGCCCGGAUACCAGCAGGGAGGAUACGGUGCGCCUCCUCAAUAUGGCUACGGGGAUCCCUCCCAGCAGCCCCCUCCCCAGGGAGGUCGAGGGUACUAA